CAAAAAGCAAAGAGACUUUACAUCAACAAGCACCACACAGCAAGUCAGAACAGUCUGAUGAUCAUCAGCACGUGCAUGUCGGGGUUCCGAGCAGUCUGAUCAUCAGCAGCACGUGCAUGUCGGGGUUUCGAGCAGUCUGAUCAUCAGCAGCACGUGCAUGUCGGGGUUUCGAGCAGUCUGAUCAUCAGCAGCACGUGCAUGUCGGGGUUUCGAGCAGUCUGAUCAUGGGGUUUGAGUCUAAACGCGCGUGAAAAUCACAUUAAAAUAGCAUUAAUCAGUCGACUCCCGCAGUAUUUAAAACGCUUUAAAUAUUAAAACGCGCUGAUUUUGACGCGGCUUUCCGUCAGCGCGGUACAGCAGGAGCUGGUUGUCACGUUCUCGCGUUUGCGCUUCAACUCGCCCGUCCAUGUCAAGUUUGGGCAGGUAGCUGGUCCACGCCCAACCAGAGGGAAAUACAUUAAGUGUGACCGCUGGACGUUUCACCAAGGUGAUCAUAAGCAGAACGCCAGGGGGCCCUAACUGUUCUGUGUGUGUGGGUGAAGGCUCCUCUCAGGCUUGUGACACACGAUACAUCAUCAAUGGAGCUCAAACCACUCAGGUGAACUUCACCUGCAGCAGACCUCAGGACAUCUUCACUAUUGAGAUUAAUAGAGACUUUGAUUGUUCAAAGUCGUGCAACUAUGAUCCCAUACAAGCAGACUGGUCCUUCUUCCAAGAUUUCAACAGAACCUUUACAUGGGACAUGAGAGUCUCAUCAUCCACCAAGUCAUUUCAGCUGGAGUUUCCAGCUCCAGGAAUGAGACAGAUCCAGUCAUUAGAACAAUGUCCCGACAAACACACUUACUCUAUCUUAAUGUACGUACGGACAGGACCUGUGAACCUUGGCACAUUCUGUCAAAAUGGCACAAUCACUCGCAUCCAAAUUCAAGGGAAAGGGCGCAUAACUCUGGAGGUUCCCAGAGAAACAACCCUGAGCUCAUUUUCCUUCAAAUACUCUGAGGCUAUUGGUUCAGUGUUAGCUGUAGAUGCUGUUCUACCUCGUGGCAAAUCAAACACGGACUUCUUCAGUGCCAGUGGCAUUCCUCCUGAUUAUACAAUGAUGUGGAACUUUGUUUUACCACCCAAGCAUAACUUCACAGUUCAUUUUGUGAACUACAAUAAGCCAGAAUGCCAAAGCAAACCAGUUAAAGUGAAAUACCAGCAGGCCAACAUGGCACCAGUUGAAAAAACACUGACGGAUGAUCAACCUGCUAAUUAUCAGGGAAACUUCAACUUGUCUCUGACAAACUGUGAUGUGAAGAGUGCUGGGCCCUUGCUCAGUUUUAGGGUCUCUGUGUUUAGGAGUGGAUUUCCAGAUUUGUGCACAGUGGAUCUUCAGAAUGAUGAAGGACUGAGUCUUCAAAUAGCGAAGAAGAAUCUGGACACUUUCUGUGAGUUGGGUAUGGAUGCAGUGGUGCAGGAGAAGAUUGUAGUGGCAGCAGGCUCCAAAGCCAGCCUGUCUUUCUUGGACUGCCCUAAGGAUGAUCUUGUUCUCACAGCCACUAAGACUAUUCAGUGCCAGAGUUUGUCCUUAUGUCCAGUAGCUGGGACUCUCCUCACCAUCCCCAUUUUAGCCUCCUGCCUGCCGCCUUCACUUAGCCAGGUCAUCUGGGUCUUGAAUGUUCCUGAGCAGGGCACUGUGGAGCUAAGCUCACCUCAGGGCAGCCUGUAUCAGUCAGUGCCUGGAGUGGAGGAGUGUGACGGCCUGUUGUCUGCGCUGGUCUCUGCAGCCGAUGGCGUCAACAUUGGCCGUUUCUGCUCUACUGGCAAAGGCAUCAUUCAGAGAGUUCAGAUCUCGUCCAACAUCACAGUUACUGCCACUGCAGAUGGGGAUAAGGACCUAAGACAAGAGAAAGCACCUAUCCUCAACGUGUCCUUUAGUUCAGAGAUCAGGGAGACCUUGAUCUACACAGUCUCUCCGCUUAUCUCAACCCCUGCACUCCUCGUGACACCCAACUGGCCUGGGGCAAUGAAGCCGGACUCCACCUUGUCAUGGAUUGUAAAUGUUCCAGAGGAGUACAGUGCUCAGUUGUGCUUCAGCAAUGUCAGCUGGCCACAGUGCUUUGUGAAUCAUGCUGAAGUUAAAAUUCAGGAGCUAGACUCAAAUGUGGAGCUGGGCUUCAGGGAGGACAAGCAAAUGGUUCUUGAACACAACAUUUUGAGGAGUUUCUACCUCAACGUGUCCAAUUGUGAGCCUGAGGAAGGCAAAUUUGCCAUUCUCAGCAAGAUCUCCUUGCAGAAGAAGCCCAGGAAACUGCUGGACAUCAUUUUGGGUGUGGUUGGAACACUCUUGGCAGUCUUGAUCAUCGUUCUUAUUGUAGUUUGUGUAGUAUAUCGUAGAAAAAAGAAGCGGCAAAUGAACAACAGGUCCUCCAUCUUCAUCCCCAAAGGGAUUGCUUCUCUUCCUGGUGAUGUCAGUUUCCCAAAAACACGAGCCGACAACGAGUCCCAUGUGUACACCUCCAUUGAUGAUACCAUGGUGUAUGGCCAUCUUUUGCAGCAGGACGGGAGUGGUUCUGGCCAUUUCAAUGGCCAUCAAGUGGAUAGUUAUCACACAUUCACUGGCCCCAUGGAUAAGACGAUUAAGGAUACUGGAUAUGAGCAGAAUGUGGAGAGAGGACCUGAGGAUAGGCUGUUCCUGGCUCCAUCUGAAACCUUUAUCCCUUCCAGGCCUCGCACUCCACUGGGUCAUUUGGACUCAAUGGACUAUGAGGACCGCAGGAUGGUGGAUAACGUACUGUAUACAUUCAAAACUCCAGGCGACCCAAAUCCAAUCCGCCUCUCUGCUGCAGAACCAGUGCUUUUGCAAGAGCCUGGGGCCGACUCUUGCUCUGAGCCUGAGCAGCCCGAUACAGAAUAUGACGAGGCCAUGUAGUGCACAGUGGAAUAAUGAACCAUGUGACUUAAAGUCUGAAAGUUCUGAUUUAGGAUCAGUGAGUACAUUUGAUUUCUGAUGGGACCCGAUGAAAGAAGGCUGUCCUGCUGCUCAGGAGCUCAUGAAGGUUAUAAAAGCAAGCAGAAUUUGCUUGCCUGUACUGAACUCCAACAGCACUGUCAGUCAACAUGUGUGUACACACACACACACACACACACACACACACACACACACACACACACACACACACACACACACACACACGGAGUGUUCUCUAUGCCUGUUUUAUGGAUGUUUUACAGAGAAACUAAGCAGAACUUUCUGCUUCUGUGAAACCUGUGAUUUUAUUUGUGUCUGUCUGGUUUUUUUUUUUCUUCUUUUUUUUCCAAAUCCUAUCUACUGACUGUAAGUCUUAUACCUAACCUGCUUGUUCAUAAAUUCCGUUAUGUGUAAUGGGAAUGAGAAACCUGAGAAGCUUGUUAGUUACACUGACCUGGUUAUUCAAAAGAAACUCUGAAGCAGGAUCUUUUUCAUGCAAUAUUUCUGGGAAACCUGUUUUAUUUGCUAACAGUUUGUGUCUUCUACUUCUGCUGAAAGACUUCUGAAGAAUAUUGAAUAAUUUGGUUUCAGGUGUACAAAUGUAGAUUUUUUUUAAAAAUAUAUUUUAAAGUUGUAUACUUUUCACAUUUUUAAUGAAUAAAUUUUAAGUUUUAAAGCA